UUUUGCACCAAAAAUCAACUGCGCUCAGAAUUUCUGAUUUCCUAACCCAACUCGCCCUGACCACCAUUAGAUUAUACAGCUAUCUAUUGGGAGACUGUCAAGAUGUCGAAGAUCACAGUCGCUAAUGUCCGGACGCAAGUCGGAGAGCUCUUGGAGUACUCCAACGAGACCAAGAAGCGUAACUUCCUUGAGACUGUUGAGCUUCAGAUCGGCCUGAAGAACUAUGACCCUCAGCGUGACAAGCGUUUCUCUGGCACCAUCCGCCUGCCCUCCAUCCCCCGACCCAACAUGUCCAUCUGCAUUCUCGGUGACCAGCACGAUAUCGAUCGUGCCAAGCACGGUGGUGUUGACGCCAUGUCCGCUGAUGACUUGAAGAAGCUCAACAAGAACAAGAAGCUCAUCAAGAAGCUUGCCCGCAAGUACGACGCCUUCGUUGCCUCCGAGGCCCUCAUCAAGCAGAUCCCCCGUCUCUUGGGUCCUGGUCUGUCCAAGGCCGGCAAGUUCCCCACUCCCGUCUCUCACGCCGACGACCUGACUGGCCGCAUCAACGAGGUCAAGUCCACCAUCAAGUUCCAGCUCAAGAAGGUUCUCUGCAUGGGUGUCGCCGUCGGCAACGUCGAGAUGACCCAGGAGCAGCUCGUCGCCAACAUUAUGCUGGCCAUCAACUACCUCGUCUCUCUUCUCAAGAAGGGCUGGCAGAACGUUGGAAGCCUUACCAUCAAGGCUUCCAUGUCUCCCCCCAAGCGCCUGUACUAAGCGUGUUUCUUUAGCCUCUGCCUGAGAUGGCUUGGCAAUCGUGUUCACUGAAAUGUGGACUGCAGCUUAGACUAGGAUGGCAGGAAAAAUAAACACAAUGAGACAA